CAGUAUACUUUCUCCGUUCAACUUCAUAACAACUCGUCGCAUAAUACAUCAAGUAUUUACGUAAUAUAGUAUUUACAUAAAUAUAUACGUUAGUAUUUAUAAUACCAAUUGUGACGAGGCAAUCGCGGCAGCUCCGAGGAUCGUGUUAUCACUACUAUUAUUUGGUGGACACGUUUGCGUUCAUUUUUUUCCUUACACUUCAGUACUCAGUAGUCACGGUCACGGUUUCUUUUGUAUCUACGCUGUUUGCUACUGUUGUACACUGUAAUACUGUAGUUGUACGAGUAUCGUCGCUGUUGGAGUUUGUCAUUCGGAAGUCGACUGUACGAGGACCGUUGUUGAUCCGAUUCGACGUCCGUCCAGUCCACAGAUUAGCAUAACUCCACUCUCAGGUCGCCAACGGUUCGUGGUUCAGCUACCUAGUACUAGGUGUGCAUGUUUUCAGUCCAGAGGUCUCGAGGUCUCAAUCAUCUGCAGCAAAACGUGCUCUGCUCCGGCGACUCGUAAGACCUCCGUUUAUUGGUAAUAUUCUUGUGGAAGUAUCGGCCGUGUACAACAAUAGGUGAUCAAACAACAACAAUAACAACAGCAACAGCAAACAAUGUCUAAUUCAGCAAAUUGUGUUGCACCAAAAACAACUACUCCAAUGAAAAAUCAUAUUCAACAACAAUCCAUGCUCUUGCAUGAUGCACCAUCACAAUCAAUGUGUCCUAAACCUGUUGUUGAAACUCAAAUACUGACAGCCUCAGUUGCUCAAACGUCUUCAGUUAAAGAUUUGGAGAAUAAAGGGAUAAACCUUGAAGAUGAAAAAUCAAAUAGCAAGAUAUCAGAAGUAAAAUUGCCUGUCAGACGAAAAAUUAGUAAGAAAGAACAGAAAAAGCGCCGGAAUGCUCAAAUGCGUCGUUUAGUAUCUCCUAAAAGUCCAUUAAUGGUAUUUUCUGAGUUGUUCAAUGAUGUACCAAUUCACUUACAAGAGCACUCAAUAAAUAAUGUUACGGGUUACACUGCUACACUUCGGGUUGAUGGUCAGGUGUAUACUGGAAAUCACAUUUCCAAGAUUCAAGCCAAACAAAAGGCAUGUGAACAUUUCUUGCGCAUUAUGUUGGCUAAAAAAAUAAGUGAACAAUCAGAAAAAAAAGAAGAAUCUCCCAUUGAAAUAGAUAUGGAAGAUAGACAAAAUGGUACUGUGCCAAAACCUAAAGGACCCCCACAAGAGGAUUUCCCAUGGCCACAUUUUGCUUCAUUAGCUAUGCAUAACUUGAUACAUUACUGGGAACUACAGCCUGUUUCAAAAGUUAUUAAUUUACAAGAAGGACAACCAAAUGCCAUAAGAUCACCACCAAAAGUAAAGAUUGGUGCUAUGAAAAAGUUUCCCGAAGACCCAAAACACUGCAAUCCAGUACAGUUAAUAAAUCAAAUGAAGCCCGGUGUCAAAUUUAUUGAAACUAUUAUUAGUUUAAACACCCCAUCAGUUUUCCAAGUGAAAUGUGAAAUAGACGACAUUCUAUUCACUGGACUAGGAUCAUCAAAAAAGGCUGCUAAGAAGGAAUGUUGUAUUGCAGCAAUCAAAUAUUUUUGGCAAUUUGAUUUCCAUGCUAUAGAAGACAAUUUACUCACUAAGAAAUGAACAUAAUAUUUAAAAUAAUAUAUUAUGUUUGCGUAUUAGUCAACGUUAUUAGUUAACUGUAUUUAUUUUGCUUUCAACGUUUAAGGUUAAUCUUGGUUAAGUGAAUUAGUAUUAUCAUAUAACUUACAAAUAUAUCAUAAUAUGUAAUAUUUACAAUUUUAAAAGUCAAACAAGUAUUAACAUUUUAAAGAGCUUAUUUUUAACAUAUUAUUUUUAAUCAAUUUUUUUUAUUUAAUUUAAUUUGAUUGUGAAGGUACUAUGAAUAAAAUA